UCAGCUGGCAGCCUGGGCUGUGCUCGCCGCUCCGGACAUAGCGCCGAGAAAAAUGCUGCUCUCCGUACCGCCAAGGGCAGGAAUCAACCCAUACAACGGCUAUAACAGCAGAAACAGCAAAAAGCAGACCUAUGUGUCUUCCGGCCACCAAAUGGCGCCCCCCAGUCCCAACAGUAGCAGCCACAGCAUCGGGGGGGAACAGCUGAGUAAAACUAACCUGUAUAUCCGCGGCCUCCAUCCUGGGACCACAGACCAAGACCUGGUCAAGCUCUGCCAACCGUAUGGCAAGAUUGUGUCGACCAAGGCAAUCUUGGAUAAAACCACCAACAAAUGUAAAGGAUAUGGCUUUGUGGACUUUGACAGUCCAGCAGCCGCACAGAAAGCUGUCACCGCUCUGAAGUCCAGUGGGGUCCAGGCUCAGAUGGCCAAACAACAAGAGCAGGACCCCACCAACCUCUACAUCUCCAACCUGCCAGUGUCCAUGGAUGAGCAGGAGCUGGAGAGCAUGCUCAAGUCCUUUGGCCAGGUCAUUUCCACACGCAUUCUCCGAGAUGCUAACGGGACCAGCCGCGGUGUGGGAUUUGCCAGAAUGGAGUCCACGGAGAAGUGCGAGGCCAUAAUUCAGCAUUUCAACGGCAAAUUCAUCAAGACCCCCCCAGGAGUGCCUGUGCCCACAGAGCCCUUAUUAUGUAAGUUUGCCGACGGGGGUCAGAAGAAGAGGCAGAACCAGGGGAAGUACCUCCACAAUGGAAGGCCCUGGGCUAGAGAUGGAGAUACGGGAGGAAUGACGCUUGCGUAUGACCCCACAGCCUUACAAAAUGGCUUCUACUCACCCUACAGUCUGGCUCCCAACCGAAUGAUCGCCCAGACCUCCCUCUCACCCUACAUGCAUUCGCCUGUCUCAUCCUACCAGGUACACAGCCCGUCCUGGAUGCACCAUCAGUCAUACCUCAUGCAGCCAGCUGGUACAGUUCUUACCCCAACCAUGGAGCACGCCAUGUCCAUCCAGCCCACGUCCAUGAUGGGACCUCUCGCUCAGCAGCUAAGCCACAUGUCCAUGGGCAGCACGGGCACAUAUAUUCCGGCCAACACAUCUAUGCAGGGGACCUACAUCCCCCAGUACACCCAAGUGCCUCCCUCCAGUGGCCAAGUGGAGGAGAAUGGGGGUCAACAGCAACAGGUUGCCUUGGAGAAUCCUGCAGAACACACAAACUACUCGUACCAACACACCAAGUGAAGCUAAGCAGGGUGAAAGCACCAGAGGAAUCCACCAGGCGGGAUUCAGCGGAAAGAUAACGGUGCUCCGUACCAUCAUUAAGCACCCGGACUUGAACAUGGAUAACAAAAGGAACGUGUGUGUGUGUGUGUGUGUGUGUGUGUGUGUGUGUGUGUGUGUGUGUGUGUGUGUGUGUGUGUGUGUGUGUGUGUGUGUGUGUGUGUGUAAUUUUUUUUUUUUUUUAAAGGAAAAGGACAACACUUACAUCAUUGGACUUUCCUGCUCACAUCCUCAAGAGUCGAUCAACCAAAGGUGGGAAUCUUCAUCGCAGAAGCUAUGAUCUAUUUUGAUAACUGAAAAAAGGAACAUAAAAAGUUUAAGAAAAAAGAGAGGAGGAAAAGACACAGAGCAUUAUUUUUGUGCACGUAAUAUAACAAAUUCUUAUUUUUUAAAAAAGCAUUCUGGAUGUUUCAGGGUGAUUCGAGGAAGAGUUGAAUCACUAUGUGUCUUUUUUUUGUUGUAAAAUAUGCAAACUUUUAUUUUUAUUUCCUGAUGUCUGUUUGAUGUUCUAUUAGAAGCAGCGAGGGCGACACUUUGUACAGAUUUAGAAACGUACAAAACACUUUUGCUGGUCUGAUGUGUCGAGUUGUAACCGUGGGGAUGCGAACCGUUUAAAGCUACUUCUUCCUGUAACUGCUGCAGAGAUUUCCAUUCACGCACAGACGAUAAAUACAAUGUUUAUAGUUUAUUACAAUUAUCAUUUUACAUCCUUCCAUAAGUGAACAAAAGACAAUCAAUUAUUUAUAUUUAUAUUUUAAUUAAAGUUCUAUUUUUCAGAGUUUUUAAAUCAUUGAAACAUACAUUUAAAGAAAAUAAAUUAUUUAAUACUGUAAUCUAUAAAGAUGUGAUGCAACUGAGUUCAUCGCAUUUAUGAUGAACUCUAGUAUUUGGCCAGUACAUUUGUUUUAGUAGUUUUGAUGCUUAGAUGGUUUUUAAUUUAGUCCUGUUUGCACCAUCACAAUGACAGCUGUUAGUCUCCCUGUUUUAAUGUAACCCUGUGUUACAUGCGUGUCCAUGAGAAGUGGUUUUAAGCGGUUUUGCUUUUGGCAAACCUUCAGGUAUCAUUAAAUUCAUCCUCUGUUAUGGAGGCAAGUGAACAUGUUUUGAUCUGAGCAGUUAGAUUACUGAAAGAUGAUGUACAAAGAACAAUGCAGUUAAUAAAUAAAGAUAAAGAUAUGAUAAAGCAAUGAGGGGAAUCAAAUAGAGGACUAACACGAUCCCUGAGAGUAAUUAGUUUGAAAGGAAAGAGAGCUGUAAGUCUUUUUUUUCAAUGCUGCUGUUGUCACCUGAGUUUGAUUCUCUGUCCGUGAUUUUUUUUAGUUUGUAGAAAAUGAAAUGUUUCUGUUUUUCUUUUGUCUGUCACUUGAAAACUUUUUUGAGCUAAUUUGCCUUAUUUUUAUGAAUUUAUCUUUGACGUAGUUUAGAUUUUAGCUGUAGAUUUGUAGCUUUUUACAGAGUAGAUUCGUCUCUCUGCGUAGGGAUUGAUGUUGUUUUCUUGUGCACAUUAAGUUUUCGCUUGUUUUCACACAAAUUUCCGCUCCUCACCUUGUGUCGUCUGUCCUCAUAUUGUGUCAGGUCUGUUUAUUAAAAAGGCUUCCAGAGUGGAGAGUUAUACCAAACCAUGACUUCAGUUAGAGCUGAUCCAAAAGAUUCAUACGAUGCUGCAUCGGUGUUGCAACUCAAGCUUCGUGUAUGUUUCAGUCAGUGAGUGAGUGGAGCUCAUUUCAACACAGUGCAUCCAAAUAUGUUUAAUUUAUGCAGACAUCUAAAACUGUAGAUAUGUAGAUAAUAGAACUAAUGGUUUUACAAAGGACUGCUCACUAGACCAUGGAAGUGCCAUUAAUUACAGCCUUUAGUGAGACAGCAAGUCUGAAUGAGUGAUCCAAAAUUCUGCAAAAACAAUUUUUAGCUAAGCCUUAAUGUUUCCUCUGAACAAAUUGCCUAAUCUCUCGUAGGAUGGACACUAAGUUGUAUAUACUGCAGACAUGGCAACAGGCUUGUUUGAAAUGCCGUGUUGUGAGUCGGUUGUCACGGCGGUCGUGUUAACUGAAGGGUUACGAGGAGCUUGUCUUCCUGCUCUUCCACAAUCCAUAAAUGCUGUGUGCAAACGUCUUUCUCCACAUCGCAGUUUGAUGAAUCUGUUUCUAACACUUUACAUUUUUUUCAACUUUUUGCUGUGUGUUUGUAUUGUUGAUUUCCGCAACCAAAGAUGUUGUUGCCACCCAUCUUGUAGCUCUCUGUCAGAGGCAAACUGCUCCCUUUCGGAGACAAAGAGGUCUGCUUCCGACAGGUUCACACAGAGAAAGAUCACAUUAACAGUGGUGACGUUCACACAAUAUUCCACAUUAUGUCCACAGUUCGAGGUUGUGUGAGAACUUGGUGUGUCUGAACUGUGUGUUUUAAAAUAAACAUAAAUGGUCUGGUUUUGUUGACGUGUAAACUAAGCAGAGUUUCCCUUUAGUAUACGCCAUGGAGCAAACAGACUCAUUACACACUUUAUGGGCCUCUGCAGACACCCAGCAGGAAGCCAGGGCUUUUACCAUUAUGAGAGUUUUCAGACACAAAAGCUAAUAUUGUAAAUAGACUUUUACCCCUUUCACUUCCUCUGCACACAUUUUGUUUGUUUUUCCUUGUGUGAUUUUUUUAAAUGAUUUAUAACCUGUCCAGAUAACACAGUGACUAGCAAGCUUUUUCAGAUUCAGUGCUCAUGAAGGAACAUGUCAUGGAUAUUGUUUAUAUGUUCAGAGAAAUAAUACUCCAUAUAUUAGCCAUCACUUUACAAAAACAGGAUUUUGAAACUAUGAAAUGACCACCUGUUACAAAGCAGUGUUUAUUUUAAUAUAUAUAUAUUUAAACUUCUGCAGUGAUAAUUCAACAGGAAGUUUCCAAAAAUAAUUUAGAUCAUACAAAUUAUGCAAAUGUGAGUUACAUUUAAAAUGUUGGGAUACUUCAACGAUACACGAUUAUAGCUAAAUCUCCUUGCACUUAAUACUUUAAGUCCACAACAAUUUGAAAAUGUUGUUUUCGUCCAUCCUAAUGUAGAUUUGAUGGCUUAUUUCAUAGCUUCAAAAUGUUUUGCUGCUAAAACAGGGUUUCCAAACAGGUCGUUAGAUGUUGCCCAGUCUGGAUUUUCAAAAUGUCACUUUUUAAUUUCAGUAAGCCUUUUUUGUUUCAUUUUAAACUUGAUGAAUCUAAAUUAAAUUAUUUAGUUUUGCAAAUAGGCAUUUUUAAAAUAGCUUUUUUUUUUUACAAUAUUAAAACAUAUAAUCGUUGUCUUACGGUUAAAUGUUUUAAGAUAAUAAUAACAACAAUGUGUCGCUCCACACUGUAUGAACCAAAUUAGUUUGAAUCCCAGACAUUUUGAAAAUCCGACGGGUUUAUUUUCCACUUGCUUGUGAACAGUUUUCUUAUUUAUACAAAAACUCAUUUUGUACAGUUUUGUUAAGAGGAAAGAGGUUUUGAUAUUUGGUUAUUUUGCAAAGCCACUUGGCUACUGUUGUCUUCCUGUGCCAGAGUUGCUAAAUUGUCUGUAACUUGUGUGUUUUUUUAUUGAUUGAGAUAAGAUUUUCAUUCUUCUUGGUUUUCUCUUUGAAUUUGAAUAUGUCAUUUUUUUCUUUUUUUUAAUAAAAGCCUUGUUUCAAUGA